AUGGGUGUGCCAGGACUUUGGGAUGUCCUGCGCCCAGCAGGGAAGAUGCGCUCGCUCACACACCUAUCGGUCAAGGACGGUUUCGAGGCAAACCCAGACGGCAAGCGCGGCUUUCGCGUCGGCAUCGAUGCCAGCAUAUGGUUCUACCACGCAACAUACGGCCGCGAGGGCGAGAACCCCGAGCUCCGCACCCUCUUCUUCCGCUGCACCCGACUCAUGGGCAUGCCCUUCCUGCCCCUCUUCGUCUUCGAUGGCCCCAAGCGGCCCGAGAUCAAGAGAGGCAAGCGCAUCAGCGGCAAGAACCACUGGAUGGUCCAGGGCAUGCAGGAGAUCAUCUCGGCGUUUGGCUUCGAGUGGAGGAUGGCGAGUGGCUCUGUCGCUCCCGGUGAGGCCGAGGCCGAGCUAGCAUACCUCAACCGCAUAGGGGUCAUCGACGCCGUUCUCUCCGACGAUGUCGACACCUUCCUCUUCGGUGCCAAGUUGGUCGUCCGCAACCCGAGCGCGACUCUAUCCGGGAACCGCACCAACCCCAUGAAGAACGCCGCGGGCAAGGACGACGGGAACCACGUCAUGACCUACGCCGCCGCCGACCUCCGCGCGCACCCCGACAUCCAGCUCACCCAGGGCGGCCUCGUCCUCGUCGGCGUCCUCCGCGGCGGCGACUACUCGGACGGCCUGCACGGCUGCGGCGUCCAGACCGCCCACGGGCUCGCCCGCGCCGGCUUCGGCGACGCCCUCCUCGACGCCGCGCGCACCCUCCCGCGCGACGCGCUCGCAGCGUUCCUCGCGCGCUGGCGCGAGGACGUCCGCGUGGAGCUCAGGACGAACGCACGCGGGUGCCUCCCGCGCAAGUGCGCCGCCCUCGCGCGGGCCGUGCCCGAGGACUUCCCGAGCGUAGACGUCGUGCUCGCGUACGCGCGCCCGGUCACGUCCGAGGCGAAGGGCGCCGCGCACCGGAACGCGAACGUCGCGUGGGACAGGGACCCGGACCUGGGGCGCAUCGCGGGCUUGUGCGAGAUGUACUUCGAGUGGGGGGUGAAGGAGAUCAUCGUGAAGCGGUUCAGUACCGUGCUGUGGCCCGCGGCCGUCCUGCGCAUCUUGAGGCGCGCGGCGAUCUUGAGGGACGGGGAGGCGGGGGCCGGGCGUGGGGCGGGAGCGCUGGGCGAGCGGGGGGAGGAGGGAGAGGAGCCGGGCACCCCUCCGAGGAAGGGCGGGAGUGGGCGAGGUGCGCUGCCGGGCACGCCUUCGAGCGUGAUCGCGAAGCACUUUUCGACCAUGGCGCUGGGCGGUCCAUCACGCGGCGCCGGGAGGACACAGGACAGCGACGGGGAAGAGGAAGAGGAAGGGGAGCGGCUUAUCGUGAAGAUCCACUCCGCGCGCGAGCACCCCUCCACGGACCGCAUCCGCGAGUACCGUCUCGAGGUCGCGCCCGCGCAGCUCGUCCGCCUGUGCGAGGCCGGGGUCAGGGGGCUGCGCACGGCGCUCCCCCCGGACCUGUCCGACGACGAUGAGGAGGAAGAGGUCGACGACGACGACGAGGGCGGGGGGAAGAGGAAGGGCAGGAGAGGGAAGAAGGCGCCCCCGGACCCGGAGAGCCAUCUGAGGAUGUGGCUGCCGGCGUGCAUGGUCGAGAUGGUCGAGCCGGAGAUGGUCGACGAGUUCGAGGGCGUGCAGCGGUGGAAGGCGGAGAAGAAGGCGGGGAAGGGCGGGAAGGCGGCGGGGCAGGGCCAGGGCAACGAAGGCAAAGGCGAAGGCUGGCGCAAGUGCGGAGGCCGUUCCGAAGAACAGUCGGAGCAAGACUUCGAGCAGCGUUGA